AUGGAUUACAGGCAAUAUGGAUAUAAUCAAGAUCCAAAACUUGCAGGCCCUUCCGUCCAUCCCAUCCCGACACCCACAGUCCAACCUCAAUACCAAACACUUGCACCAUCUACAACAUGGCGCAGAGGAGCCUUCCGCAGAUUCCCCUGGCCGGGCUUCUUAGCUCUGGUUGCCGCUUUGUUAUCAGCAAUUGGUAUGGUGGUCGUUCUUGUCCUUUCGAACAAUAAGCCCGUGUCGCAGUGGAAGAUUUCCCCUGCUGUCUACUUGGCUAUCGAGUCCACUAUUGCGAAUAUACUCCUAGCUUAUGCGCUCUCGGAGGGGACGACAGUUGCAUGGUGGGUUAAGUCCAUGAAGCCCGGUUCACACGUCUCGGACCUACACAACAUAUGGGCUUAUGGCACAAGUAUCAAACAAGCACUUUUCUCCGGUAGAGGCUUCAAUCUGAUUGCGUUGGCUUGCAUCACGGCGGCACUUGCGCCCAUCAAUGGUCCUCUUCUGCAACGAGCCUCAACCAUCUCCACGCUGGCCGUAAACAAACCCACUACUCUAACCGUUCUCGCCGCUCAGGAAUUCCCUCUCGGAUACACCGGUACAGUCACUGGUCGCGCCCAUACGGUCGGAUUUGUGACCUCCAAUUUCAGCUCUGUGGUCCAGGACUACGUAUUGAAGAAACCGAUCAAUAUAACCCAGAGCGGGUGUGAGGGACGUUGCUCUGGCGUCAUGCAGGCAGCUGGGUACGCCAUCAACUGCUCGUACUCGAUUCUGCAAUAUAAUCUCUCAUCUUCCCUAGCUAUCAACCCAGACCGGACUACCAAUGAUGCCGUUUUUAGCGGAACGAAUGUCUUUUCUACGAACUUCACCUACUACGAGAUGACCAGAAACCCGACUAUCAAUUAUAGCUCAGUACACAAAACAGAUGGGGAAUGCGCGGGCGACUUGCAUCUUGCUCAGUGUACCCUGACGCCAGCCCUCCUACAAUACAACGUCAUCCUCGAUAACGACACCAUCAGCCUUGAUCCCAAAUAUACGUACAAAGAUGACCGCCUCGUUAAAUACACGCCAUCAUUUGGCAACGACGCACAAGGGCCGUCGACACACGGAGGAAUGUAUCUCGCGUUAAGCACCAUGUUCAAUUCCCAGGUACGGCUGUCCUUCGGGGGGGCAGUAGGAUAUAUACUCGGAACGAGCGGAGCGCCAGCACUGCAAUAUGCAGUCACGGGCUUAACCGUCGGAAUGACCUGUCCAACAUACUGGAGCGAUCCUACAGACGACAUGUUAUCCACAGCCCGCGAACUCGCCUUCCGCGUCGCCAUCCACGCAGCCAACUCCACUAACGCAACGAAUACUCAAACCAUCUCUGCGACCUCCGUUGACGUCCUCACUGUCUACGUAUCCCACUACCUUUACCUCGGUCUCGCGGUCUUCUUCACCCUCCUCUCGACGCUCUGUAUCGCUCCCACAUUCUUCGGGUGGUGGGCGCUCGGCCGCAAGGUAUCGCUGUCUCCGAUUGAGAUUGCUAAGGCUUUUGAUGCGCCAAUCCUUAGCAACUCGUUAGAUUCAAACCUCGAUGCGGACGAUUUGCUGAAGGAAGUAGGGGAUAGGCCGGUGAGGUAUGGUGCACUUGGCGAACAGGUUUAUGCCCAUAAUGGCGUUUUAGUUGGUAGGACGGGGGAGAAGUUGGUUAUGGGGGAGCCAGGAAGGGUGCAUGAGGCUGCUGAGGGGAGAACUUAUGGUGGUUAG